CAGAGUUACUUGUCCAGAUAUGUCAAAAUUUUCAAUAAAAUCUUACUAAAAUUACCAAUAAAUUGAUUUUAAAUAUGAUAAAUUGUGUACCGCUUUUAAUUUUGUGCCCGAGUUUCAAACUUUUCUGUUUCUUGGUGCCUUGUGCUACGUUUCUAGGCAUGAUCGGAGUGUACAUGGGAGGCUUGUUUUCUUACUACUCUGAUGUCGCAUACGUGAAGGUUAACACAAUUGUGAAUUCCACUUCCUUGUGAAAAACCAGUUAUUCCGCCAAAAAUGAGGGCGUGGAUAGAUUUUUACGUUACCACGGACGCUAUUGCUAUGGCAACAAACAUUGAUAUUCUUUGACAUUAUGGCGACUGACGAGGAGAAAUCUAAAUUAGCAAAGCUUUUGCAAGAGAUAGAAAUACCAGAUGUUAAACUAUCAGAAAGGUGUUCGGAUUUAGUGAAAGACUUUCAACAAAGGUUCGGCAAAGAAGUAGAAGCUGAGGAGCAGGCGGAAAUGUCGCCUGAUGACGCACCCCAUGAGAAUCCUUACAAGGUGGACAGACGACUCCUAGACGAAAUUGAUAGGAAACUUCAACAGCUGCUACUUGAGGGCAAAAGGGCUAAAAAAGAUGCUGCAGACAGCAUCGUACUAUCAGGAUCAGACCCAAAAAGACCAUGGAGAACUAACUCGAGUAAGGAAAAAUUGCUGCGCAUAGAAAAUGAGUUGAAAAGACACAUUGAGAAGGCUUCUGAUAAAAUAACACCUUUAAACGAUGGUGAUAUGAAGGAAUUGGUGAAGGAAUGCCAGGAAGAGAAUCGUACUGCGCGUCCCGUUACAACAGACAGGCUGAGACACACAGUGGACGCUGCUAAAAAGAAUUUACCUAAUUUCCAAUAUCGUAAAAUAGAAAAUACUACAGCUACAGCCAUUUUGCCCGAAGCACACGAUUUUGACAAAGAUGAAGCAAAGGACGAAAAUGCUCUAAACAUGCAAUGCAACCCUUAACUUUAUUAUGAUUUAUUUAUUGUAUUUUAUGCCUUAUUUAAUAAAAUAUCGUUUCUAAAUAAUAA